CCGUCUAGCGCAGGCAGCAGCCGCAGAGUCCGUUGAAAGUUUAUGACGAUUGUCGUAAUUCGUGUGCAAGCGCUGUUUAUUUUGCGAUUUUUGUUUUAAUUUACGGAUUUUCGGACUAAAUAAAACGUUUAUCGCCUGGGUUGAAGUGUACUGGUUGUGGAAUAAGUGGAAAUAACACAAUUGAAGUGCAAGUGCAGCGGAAAAUUCGUAUUUUAUUAAAGGUGGUGAAGCACUAACCGUCGACGGCCAACUCCCUGCUUGGAUUUGUGGUGAAAGCAGCGGAGACAUUCAAGGCAAGAUGGAUCCUUUUACGCAGAAUAUAUUGGAUCGAGCGGAGAAACGUGCCGCGGCGCUGGGAAUCACCAACACGUCGAAGUUCCCGUUGUCGGAGUUCAACUACGACAUUCCGGGUACAUCGUCCUCCGCUCAAGCUGCUCCCAAGUCACCGGGUAGAAAGACCGCUGCCACCGGUGGAGGAACGUACACGAAAACACCGAAAAAGCAUUAUUCGCCGUCGACAGCGGAGAAAAGUCCGGGGCGUCCGCCGAAGGAAACCGUCAACAUUACGAGGAAGCCAAGUGCCGGAACUGGCAAGGACGUUGACGUUGCGGUGGAAAUCAAUAUUACAACGGGCUCCAACGUUCAGGUCGAGGUGGAAGUGGCGGAAUGUGAAAUGGAUUCGAAUGGCAAAAUCACCAGGAAAGCGGAUGAUAAAUCCAGCGAGACGGACGUCAAAAGCUUGAUUCGUGAUUCAUCGCGGAACCAGCUGCAGCGAUUGGGAACUCUAUAUUCGGAAUCGCAGGAUCUUUCAUCUCCGGUACACCGCACCGAAGGAAAGUUCCAUGAAGAAAAUGCAGCAGGCGGCAAGGAGAAUUUGAAACCGAAACAGAAACUCGCCAAACUGGCAAUGCUUGCGGAUACUAUCAACAACUGGGAGGAUGACACCUCGCAUCCAGACAUUCGGCAUCACCGAGAAACGCUUGGUGUUACCGCCAAGAAAGAUAAGAGUCCGGUCAGGCAAAAGAGCCCAAUUAGACAGAAGAGUCCAGUUGGUCAGAGGAGUCCAAUUGGCCAAAGGAGUCCAGUUAGACAGAAGAGUCCUAUCUAUGAAAGGAGUCCGAAACGCAAGGAAGAGAGUCCCAAAAGAGCUACGACUACUCCGAAGAAAUACACGGCACCUAAUCCGCCGAAAUCGAUACUCAGCCCAGCAAAGGGAUUCAGCGAAAUAGACGGCGCGAAAGCUGGAACGAAAACGUUGAAAUGGGAUCAGAAAGUUAUGGACGCCCUGGAGCUACAAGGCUUCCAAAGGCGGGAAUCGACCACAUCGAAAUUGGUGUAUGACUACAAGGAGCGUCCUAGGCAUGAAAAGCAAGAAACCGAAUCAAAUGAGAAGGCUUUGGUUCCGGUGACGAAAGCUCGAGCUCCGGAAGUGCCUGGACCCUCAAGAGAACGUCAAAUAACCGCUAUACAACCGGCUAAACCUGUGCCGAAGAAACCCGAAAUAAGCAAAGGACUUGUUUCGGGACGGGCAGCAAUGUUUGAAAGUUCAAGGCCCCGUCAUUCAAUUCUUAAAAACCAGAAAGAUCCGGCAGAAAUGUCCCUUAAAGAACGGCUGGCUAUUUUUGAGAAAAAUAAGGGUCAAGCCCUGGUUCCGAAAGCUGCUUUUGGAAUUUCUCCUUCGAUCCGUCAGAUAACUGGGGACAAUUCUUACGCUCCGAAACCAUCGUCGUCAUGUCUGCCGAUUCAAGGCGCAGGAUUCGGCAUUGUCAGCAAGGACGCAGCUAUCCAGCAGAAGCAGAGAGUCGACAACUAUAACAAGCCCCAGGUUGCAGAAUCCAAUGCGACCGGUUCCGCUAUCAAGAACACCCUCGCGGCGCUUAUGUCCAACAACAGCACCAUCUCGGAGUCUCAAAUUGCGGAGGAAACCCGUCGCCAGCGUCAGCAGGAAAUGGAAAUGUUGCUGAAUCGAUUUUCCAAACCAACGGACAUGUCAUCGGAUGCCGCUGAGGAGAAGCCAAUCCCGUGUGCACCACCGAUGCCCCCGGAAGGUUAUCUAACCAUGAGCGGCAGGAAGUCCGCAUCGAACCGGGAUUCGGCCGGUAACAAGCGUCGAAGCGGCGAGGAGCACGUCAGUCCUGAAGUCCGCUCCACAUUGGACGACGUUAAACGGAUCCGGGUGGUAACACCGAAGGGUGGCCGGCUGUAUCCUACUCUGAGUGAUUUGGAGAGUGCAACGACGACCGAAUCGGAAGAUGGCGAGGGCUAUGUCACGGCCAGCCUGCUGGGGGAGGACAAUGACCGGAGCAAUAGCCAUUAUCAGGAUUGCUACGAGGAAACGCAGGAAGAGCAGGAGUACGAGGGCGACGAAGAACAUCCGGUCGAUGAGGACGAUGAUAGCUACAUGUACUCCGAGGACGACCAAUCCGAUCCGGACAUCAACAUGGGCGAUGUUAGCCUCGGUCGCGAAAUAAUGCAAGCCGUCAAAUUACAGGACCGUCGCGUCAGUCAUGCUGGACGGCGUCAAAGCCAGGAUAAGAGGAUUAACUCCGACAACAACGGUAAACGCCAAUCCGGAUUCAGUCAGAACAGUUCGACGAGCGAAAUCUCCGGCAUUCUUGACGACAUGGACCAAUACCUGGAGGAAGCUUUGGACGAAGAUGAAGAGGGCGAUUUCGACACACCAAGGAAAUCAUCCAUGUCUUCGAACAGCUUCUCCUACCAGAAAAACCCACGCCAGAAUCAAUGCGAAACUAUCGAUGAGGACGAGAUGGAGGAGAAGAAGGAUUCUCAGAAGCCCUCUCCACCCAGGAAGCAACAGCAAACAACUGAUGGCGAAUUUGGAAGCCCCGUCAAAUCCGAACUGAAGAUCAACCCUUCGGAUGACAACAAUAUGGUCACUCUGGUGCACACAGUUAGCUUCUAUCGCCGGCAACAGUGCUCCAACAAUCCCACUCCAGUGAAGAAAAUUCUACGCACACCGGUCAGAGCACGGCCGAGUUUGGACUCAACCACAGAGGAUUCGGAAGAUGGCAAUACCAGCGCUACUGCAACUGACACCGAGAACGAAUACCUGGUACAGGAAAAGGUUAAGAAGCUGCUGGACGAAGUCUGCAAGCAGCAAACGAUCAUCUCUCAAACGAGUCAAGCGCUAAAUCUAUGCGCAGCCACGAUAGAGUUCUCCGGUUCCACGGAAUCCGUCGAAGGCGAGCGCCAUCUCUUGGUAGCGACUCAUCGUCGGCAAGCACUUCUGGAUGAAGUUCAGCGCCUUCGGGUGGAAGGAUGCAUCAGGCCACCGGGCGCUCCGACGGAAAAGGGACGACUCACAGUAAAGGACAUCACUUUGCCACUGAGGCAGGACUACAUCAGGAAGCUUGCUUCCGAGGCCAUCAGCGGACAUCACCUAGUGUGUCUGCUCAAGUACAACGAAACGGUAUUGGCCACCCAAUCGGUACCGACGUUGCCUGGGUUGUUGUCGGUUCGGUUUCCCGAUGUGCUGCAGUUGAACAACGUGUAUGCUGACUUCAAGAUAACCAUGGAAAUAUACGGCAUGACUGCACAACGAGAAGUGCUCCCGCAUGAAAUUAAAUACCACAUUGCAAUGAACAAAAAAGGAUCCAGCAAACUUCACACACCCAAGGGAGUGAAAAGCAAUACACGAUUGAUAAUGCCUCCGGUGCAAUCUCCCGCCGGGCCACAGGCGGUUCGUACUCCGGCACUCGUGCAGUACGGUUUCAUAAUUUUCUCGCUCAGAGAAAUCCAACGCACAAACUGGACGCUGAAUCCGGUGGCCGGUGUAAGUCCCCUGGAGGGUACCGUCCACAUGAAGGUAAACUGUGAACUAACGGUCACCGUUGACUAUCGUGGAUUCCUGACCAUGUUCGAGGAUGUGUCCGGAUUUGGCGCUUGGCAUCGGCGCUGGUGUCGCCUGUACGGCCAUGUGCUCAGCUACUGGAAGUACCCGGACGAUGAGAAGCGAAAGGCCCCCAUUGGAAGUAUAGAUUUGCAACACUGUUGCACUCAGAAGGUUUCUGUUGCACCGCGAGAUGUGUGCGCUCGAUUAAACACACUGCUACUGGAGUUCCGAAGACCGGCCCAACCUGAUGAUGUCGAUUCGCUGGUUAUGGUCAGACAAGGAAACACCACGAUCCAUCGGCAUUUACUGUCAGCCGAUUCCAAGGAAGAACGUGAAGAGUGGGCUGCGCAUUUGAACAAAACGUUAGCUCUCUUGAAGGCAUGGGGGCAGUCUAACAGCAAAUCUACGAGUUGUUGAUGUCCAGUCGAUUGAGGUGAGUUGUGUACAGUCAUUGAAUAAGUAUUAACCUUAUUGAUCAGAUCAGUGUCUAAUGACAUGCGCUGCCAUGUAUUCGUUUAUAUAUUUUGAAGCGGUAAAAUAUUUUAUACUAUACUUAAAUAGUUAGUAUUUGUCUGAAAAGAAGGAACAAAUUUCGACCGAGUGUGAUGUGUGAUUGGACCAAAAAACGUUUCGAACUUUUAAUUACGUAAACAUUCACGAACGUUACUUCGCUUUUAAAACUUUUAUGAAAGCAUCUUACAUUGAAAGUAAUUAUACAAAUUUGUUUACGAUUCAACUUGAUAAUCUGAAUAUAUGUAUUUUAUAUUAUACUCUAAA